AUGUCCACAAAAAUCAGCAUAUAUUUCAGGGAUGACGAGCACGAUAGAUCUACAGAUAUACUAAAUAGAGUCAUCAUCCGACAACUUACACGUCCAAUUUUAGAUUCCGCCUCCUUCGCAAAUAAGGUGCCCCAUGCUAAUCAAGCUGGCACGGCACAGCGACAAUACAAAGGCCACUAUCGCGACCUUCAGACCGAUGUGCAGGAUAGCAUUCCCAGAUAUUUGGGCGAUUUUGAUUUGUGCCACGGGGAAUGCCGAAAGUGGCUUGGUGGUAACCAUCAUCUGCCACUGUCCUCAAUACCAGAAUUUCUCUGGAAUCAUAUCUUCUUAAGCCAAUUGUUGAUCACGAUCUCCCCUCUUAAUAUCUUGGUCCUUGGUAUCGUGUUUAAUCGGUCCCAUGAUGCAACUGGCUCUGCUCCCCUCUCCAGCAUGGAUCCUGAGGCUGAAGCUGCUUUAGAGGAGUUUGUCGUCUACCUACGUCACCAGAGGCAAUUUGCAGAUGUAUACGAUUAUUUAUUGAACUUGAGCCGCGAGAUCGCAUUGAUUUGGUACUCGCCCUGGAAAUACACCAAGUUUAUGUAUCUCAUAGUGCGGUAUGUCCCUUUUGCAGUUGUAGCCUUCCUCCUGCAUCUCCAGCUGGUUCCUGGGAUGACGAAGGCGACCUGUCAUUGGAUUUUUCCCGCCGCUACGUUUGUUCUCAUGAUUCGGACAUGGGCGAUCUGGCGCCGAGAUAAGAGGGUGGGCUGUGUCUUUGUGGCUCUAUCCUGUCUCUAUAUCGGCCUCGCGACGGCAGGAAAUGUCACAUUUGUCAGAAGUCUAGUUUUGGCAGAUCCCCCGUAUCCAGGAUUCAGAGGCUGCUUUGUGCUUGCUGCUGCCAACAGUUUGACAAACGAUUACGGCACGCUGGUGGCUAUGGAGUCUCGUAUGUUCCAGGUCUGUACCUGUUCUUGUUCUGCCGCAUCCCAUUCGCUCAUUGUCCGUAAAAAAAAAGUCGCCUCGGUCGCAAACGUAAUAUUCUUUACUGCUCCCUCUGUACCUCUUGAUCUCCAUGUCAGCUUCGUCCCCCUUUGCAGCGCGUUUUACGCUGGGCUUACUAGUCGCGUUGUGCUCAACAUCCGAGAGGUUGCGCUAGGAGAUUAUAACAAGACAGCUGUGGAGACGCAGCUACAUGACUACAAGGAUGAUGAAAAUCCGAUUGUCCCUCUGUCGUUCCGCUUGCGAAGUCAGGGUUGA